AUGGAGAAGGGAGAAGAAGAGGUUGAAGCUGAGGAAGCAGGCAUCAGCGAUCAAUCAGUUAAUGAAUCAGUCACCACUACAACGUCUCUCUUCCCAAACCCAGAAACUCAGUUUCUCAAUCGAUCGAUUCGUUCGCCGCCAAUGGGAAGGAAGGAAGGAAAAUAUCCACCCAUUCAUCGCACUGAUCCAAAAAAGGGGAAAAUUAGGAAAGCAGACCCUGAGCACGAACUCUUUUUUUUUUUAUUACUUUCUUUUUGGGAGAUGACAAGGGAGAAGGGAACAAGGUCUGACCCUGAAUGUAUUUGGGGGUUUCGCAACUCUCGCUCGCUCGGUCGCUCGGUCGUCACAGCCAUGUCUUGGUCUUGAACUUCUUCCCGAACUGGGGGGGGAGGAAAUACCCAACCGAACGCUCCGGCCGUGGGGUUUGUGGGAUAAAUGGAUGGGAAUGAUCUCUUUUCCCUCUUUGCAAUUCGGAAAAGCAUGACUUGAUCCGAAAUGGUGUUUGUCUGUCUAACAAAAGGCAGAAUAAGAUUAUUCGAAAAGUGUAGGAAUGGAUAGAUAGGAGAGGGGAAGCACAAGUACCGGUGUUCGAGAUACUCGCGCUGUCAAGAAGAAAUCAGCCAAAGCGGUCAGGAAAAGCACGAUCCAGUCCAGUACAUGCAGCAAAAAGUAAAAAAUAAAAAAAAGGAAAUAACCGAAGGGAAACAAAAGCAAAUCCCAAACCGAGCAGGCAACAAAAGCAGGAACGCAGGCAAGCAGGAACACUCACUCGCCCCAGGGCCACAGACGAAUUGCCGUGCCUGUUCCCAUCUAGUUCCUGUCUCGGCGAAGGCAAGGGUCGGGGCGCUAAGACACUCAUCCCAUCCCACUCCACCGUCCAAAACGCAGGAACGGAGGAAGACUUGAUCAAGAUAGGAACAGACGAAUAUUCCACAAGCAACCCCCCCGG